UCUCGGAGGGAAUGGGGCAUGGUUCGCGUCGCAGCAGCAGGGUCGAUCCGGACUUUGACGACUGGCGCUCAGGCAAGCACUCUUAUUCGCAGUCAGACCAUCCUAGCACACGCAGGAGGGCCAGCCGCAGGCGCCGUAGGGACGACGAUAGGCAUAGCAGCAGUCCCAGGCGCAGGACUAACAGCAGGAGUGACGAUGGAAUGGAUCCCAGGCCCAGGACCAAGGAGCCUAGCAGCAGGGACAACGAUGGAAUGGAUCCCAGGGAGCCUAGCAGCAGGAUGGAUGCCAAGAGGUCACGCUCCCCUGAGCGCAGGCCUAGCGGCAGCAAGCGUCCUUGCAUGGAGGAGAAAGCCACUCGUCCAUGCACAGAGGAGGUGGAGGACGAAGCCAUUGCCGGCUGGGCCCCCAUUCCAGGCAAGAUCCACCCGGCGAUCGGACUCAAUGAGGUGGAAGCCAAGAAAUAUGGCUUCUUUCCAGCUCGUGAGAAGGACACUCUUCUAGACGAGGAUGGAAUGAAGAGUGACCUCUUCUACUGUGACAAGGCUGCCUACCAGGUGUUCAACGACGCCCGUCUCCGAGGAACUGAGCUGGGCGCAUGGGUGGAAAAGCGUCUCGGCCUGGGUGUUUUGUUCGUACACCACAAUUACGACAACUUACCGGGCUGGAGGGUGAUCACAUUGUUUGGGCGACACAAGGCAGCGUUGCCAACCCGAGGAAAGAAGAUUAUUCCUGAAUGGCUCAAGGUCCAUGGCGAGCAGGAUGAUGCUGAGUGUGUAGCGUCGGCUAUGCUGUUUGCAGAAGCAGCCACUGGUUUAGACGUGAAGGGCUGCUCCUUGAACAAAGUUUUCGUGUCUGGCAACACCAAGUUUGUGGAGCUGCUCAGGAAAGACUACGCUGGUUUGCAGGAGCUUUUUGUGCAGCGCUUGGCAGUGGACAGGCCUCGUCACGUUCCAUUCCGGGUGUGGCACGUAACGAGCCAGAGCUGCUCUCAAGCCGAGGAAGAAUGCUUCAACGAAUCGAGGCGAGGCUUCUCGUAUCAGGGGGAAGGCUGGGCGUGUCUGAGGGGGAUUGGAGUGCCAUCUACAGUGCCUGCGUGGAAAGCUGCCGUUAGAAGUUUUCUGGAGCGCCGCAAAUAAAUUUUAGCUGCACUUGCAAGAUCGACAAUAAAGUUGAAUAAAGGUUUGUCUAAAGAAAAAGACUCUUCUGCAAUCCUUUUGAUCUUUUAGCUCGUCAA